UGCGGCUGGAUAUGCUGAGUUCAGAGGACUGAUUAUUCAGCAGGCUAAAAUAAGUAGCGACUGACCUGUAUGAUGAAAUUAGACAAGGGAUUUCCUGAAUAUUAGCAUCGUAAACAAAUCCUUCUGAUAUCGGUGUAAAGAGUGGCUGGGAUGCGGCUUCGGAAUGGGAAACAUUUUCGGCAGAAAGAAGCGCACCACUCGAGUGACAGAGCAAGACAGAGCGAUAUUGCAACUGAAACAGCAGAGAGAUAAACUAAGGCAGUACCAGAAGAGGAUCAAUCUCCAGCUGGAGAAGGAGAGAACACUUGCCAAGCAGCUGUUGAAGGAUGGCAAGAAAGAGAAAGCCCUCCUGUUGCUUAAGAAGAAGCGCUAUCAGGACCAACUUCUGGGCAAGACGGACAGCCAGAUAACCAACCUGGAGCGCAUGGUUCAAGACCUGGAGUUUGCCCAGAUUGAGAUGAAGGUCAUUGAAGGGUUGAAGGUCGGCAACGACUGCCUGAAGAAGAUGCACGAGGUGAUGUCCAUCGAGGAGGUGGAAAGGAUCAUGGAUGAGACGCAGGAUUCCAUCGAGUACCAGAGGCAAAUCGAUGACAUGCUGGCGGGCUCCUUGACUCAGGAGGAUGAAGACGCUGUGUUGGCUGAGCUGGAGGCCAUCACACAGGGAGAUGUUGAACUUCCUGAAGUUCCAGAUGAGGCCUUACCAGAGGUUCCAGACGCAGAGGAAGAGGAGGAGGAAGAGGAACCUGAGCGGAGGAAGGAGAGAGCGAAGAAGAAGCCGGAGAGAGAGAUGCUGGCUGCCUAGCGCCGCCUCUGACCACCAGGGGGCGAACCGCAUACAUCUAUUAUGGGCUGCUGCAAUUUUCCAACCUCCCCAACUUCCAACAGUUAUUCUCACACACACACACACACACACACACACACACACACACACACACACACACACACACACACACACACACGCACAAAACACAUUCGGUUUUCUCCCUGCCUCUUGGAUGGAGGUGUUUUGACAUGUAGUUUGACACGUGAGCCCCUUCCUCAGCAUUUGUUCAAUUCUUUGUGAUCGUGGAUAGUGGGGACAUCCAGGUUUGAGUUCUUCUCUGUGUGUUUUUUUUUUUUAACCCCCUCUGAGUUCUUCUAUUCUCAUGAUGAUAUUCAGGUCUGUUUUCACUUGACUCCCUUGUAUGGCAUGUCAGUCGAUCUCUUCCUUAUUAUUUUCUUCAGUGACUCCAACAGGCUCUGAAUGCAGCCUUGUACAGUAGAUAGUUCAUGUACUCAUACUGUAUGUCACUUAAAACACUCCUUUUUCUUUACCUCACGGAAACUGACAACCGGAGUGUUGGUUUUGAAGACUCCAAACUGCUUUAAGUGCUGCUCUCUGCCUAGACUAGCGUAAUUUCUUUGUCUUUUAGAUCAUCAGUAAAGUAUGAGCCCCCACUGGAUCACAGAUAGCAGCCUACUGUGGCACGAAACGGAUCCGGAUCCAGUUUGGGUCUGUCACCAGUUGGUUGCAAAAUCGGCCUGUAUAGAAAAACAAAGAAUGUGCUGGAUGACAAUGUUGCGAAAAGCAGAAAGACACGGCUAAAAGCAGUGCAUUUUUCUGCCUUGCUAUUCUGAUAGUUGCCUAUGUGUGCCAUUUACUACACUGCCCCCCCCCCCCCCCCCACACACACACACACAUAAACAAACAAACAAACAAAUGCACACACUCACUUACACACUUACCCCCCUCUGUCCCGUGUGUGUGUGUGUGUGUGUGUGUGUGUGUGUGUGUGUGUGUGUGUGUGUGUCUGGCGAAAGGGCUAAUCCUAUUGUCAGCAGGCUUAUUUUCAGUCCACUAGAUUGUCUACGGAGGUUUUCGGGAAGAUGUUCCUUGGAGAUUAGAGCCUGAUAGAUUCUGGAAUGUGUCGUCAUGGUGCAGAGCUCUUCUCUUUAGGACACACUCUCCGCCUCUCUUGCUAUCUAUCUUUUGGUUUACUCUAUCUAUCCAUCUAUCUAUCUUUUGUUUUACUCUAUCUAUCUAUCCAUCUAUCUUUUGUUUCAUCUCUUCUGUUGCUGUCUUCCGUUCCCCUUUUGGAAUGCUUUUUAAAUUCCCUGCACAUAUCAGGGUGUAGGAUGACUGGUUGUCAGACAAUGAUCAUGAUUAAGACACGUCUAAAAACAACAACAAAAAAAAAGCAUAAUCCGAAGAAUAAUGUCCUGUCUGAUGUGAUUUUAUUAGAUUGAUUCCGAUGAGCUCUGCUUCGGAGUGUACAAACCUAUUAGAGAUCAUUUCAUGUAAAGUCAGAUGAGUGUUGCUGUGUCAAGUCAUGCUACCAUGUGACCUUAGGAAAAAAACAGAAGAACUUAAGAACUGAAUGGUUCUUAAGAACUUAAGAACUGAAUGGUUUCCUUAUGGUUUUGUAAGGUGUUCCUUUUUUUAUUUUCAGAAAAUAAAAGGGUAUUUUAAAUUGUAA